AUGUGGAAGCCAAUCCGAGUGUACGUGGUGUGGUACGGUUACUUCUCCGAGUCGCAGAAGCAGCUCGUUCGUACGCUGACAAGGUCGUUCAGUCCGAGCGACGAUCCAUCCGUUACAGUUCCCCUCUGGUGGAACAUCAACCGGCUGUACUACGAUCAACAGGGGCGUUUCAUCUCGUCGAAUGUAACGUGGGUGAAGGAGAAAGAUGACACGGGGUACUCCCGAGGGAAGUCCCUGUGGCUGGAUGACGUGGAAGCAGUGGUUUCCACGGCCAUUAAUACGAGCGAGCUGCCUUAUGACGAGGAUGGAGUGUACUUCGUGCUCUCGGACCAAUACGUGACCCAGUUGCAACCUCUCCCCGUUUCUCGCCCUCCCUCUCCUCGCCUUUCGCCCUUCUCGGCCCUCAACGCCCCUCAACGCCCCUCAACGCCCCUCAACCCCUCUCCAAUGGAGCUCAACGGACAAGUUCUGCGCUACGUUCUGCGGGUGGCAUUUCUUCGGCUCCACGCCCCUUCACAACCCCCGCUCUUCCCCUCUUCCCCUCUUCCCUCCCCCUCUCUUCCCCUCAUCCCUCCCCCCUCCCCUUCCCCGCAGCAAUGGAGUUCAACGGACAAGUUCUGCGCCACGUUCUGCGGGUGGCAUUUCUUCGGCACGGCGCCCUCCCGCGGCACCUUCAUCUACUCCUGGGUCGGCCGUGCUGACCGCCUCGUACGUGCAGGUGGAGGGGGGAAGGGGAGGGAGGGGGGGGUUUGCCCCACGUCGUGCAUUGCAAGUGACAUCCGCACGGCCAGCAAGGCACCCAACAAGGAUGUGGGCAUGGAUGCGUUACUGUCGGUGUUCGCGCACGAACUGGCAGAGGCCGCCUCGUCGCCGUUCGUGGGAACGUGGUUCGAUGAGCAGGGCGAGGAGAAUGCGGACAAGUGCGCGUGGAAGUUAACCCCAUCCUCACGGGUUCCCCAGGAGGCAGAUACAACCUGGUUCAACCCCAUUCUCACCGACUCAACAGGAGGCAAGUACAACCUGGUGGGGGUCAACGGCUUUAAGUUCUUCAUUCAGCACAACUGGGAUCUCACCACUGGCACCUGCCAGCUCACCAUGCCAUACCCCCCCGCCCCUCCUCCUCCCCCCUCCCCUCCCUCCCCUCCUCCGCCUCCCUCCCCUCCUCCCUCGCCUCCCUCCCCCCCUCCACCGCCCUCUCCCCCUCCCUCACCCCCACCCCCUCCCCCACCUCCAAGCCCCCCACCUCCCUCUCCUCCUCCCCCCUCACCACCUCCUCCGUCUCCCCCUCCUCCCUCUCCACCCUCUCCCCCUCCCUCCCCUCCUCCUCCCCCCUCGCCCCCGUCGCCCCCACCUUCCCCCCCUCCCCCCCCUCCAUCCCCUCGCAUGCGCACCCUUCGCCCUCCUCCGCGUCCCCCCAAGAGCAUGGGGGAAUACGUGCAACAGCUAUUCAAGAAACUCUGGCCGAAUCGCCCAUGGUCAAUCAAAGUUGUUCAUGAUUAA